CCAGCCCCGGAACCGCGGCGGGAGGAGGUAGUGCCGCUGCAGGAGCCCUGCCAUGGCCCGGGGCUGCGCAGACAUGUGCUCUGGGUCUCGGUGGAGGUGGGAACUCCCUGUUUUCUUCUCCUGAGAACCCCAACCUGGCUGCAGAGACAACUUUCUUCCCACACCUCUGCAAGAAGUGAUAGAGAAAACAAGUGCCAUGUACACUUUCCUGCCUGAAAACUUCACACCGGUGAAGCAGAAGCCAUCCAAGGAGCUGAGGCCCAUGCUGGGGGCCGUCACGCUGGGCCUCAUCCUGUUCAUCGCCGCGGUGGUGGCCUGGUGCUACUACACGGUGUCCCUGCGGAAGGCCGAGCGGCUCAAGACGGAGCUGAUGGACCUGCGGGCGGACGGCUUCGUCAUCAGGAACCAGCACGGGGAGGUGGUGUUCCGGCUGGCGUUCCGCUCGGGGAGCCUGGACCUGGAGUCGUGCUCCAAGGAGGGCGAGAUCCUGAGCUGCACGCGGUCGGACCGGGGGCCGCUCAACUUCUUCAUCCAGACGGUGAAGCCCAAGGACACGGUGAUGUGCUACCGCGUGCGCUGGGAGGAGCUGGCGGCCGGCCCGGCGGUGGAGCACACCAUGUUCUGGGAGGACGCCCACUGGUACGGGGGCUCGGAGAUGAGCACCCAGCACUGGCCCAUCCGCCUGGCGGGCUACCAGGAGCCCGUGCCCUACGUCACCAGCGACGUCUACUCUUUCCGCGACAGCUUUGGGGGCAUCCUGGAGCGCUACUGGCUCUCCUCCAAGGCAGCGGCCAUCAAGAUCAACGACUCGGUGCCCUUCCACCUGGGCUUCAACGCCACCGAGCGCUCCCUCUUCUUCCAGGCCCGCUACAAGGACUCUCCCUACAAGCCCCCGCCGGGGCAGCAGCCCUUCCCCGAGCUGAGCUACCGAGUGUGCGUGGGCUCCGACGUCACCUCCAUCCACAAGUACAUGGUGCGCAGGUACUUCAACAAGCCCUCCAAGAUCCCUGCUGAGAACGCCUUCCGAUACCCCAUCUGGUCCACGUGGGCCCUCUACAAGAACGAUAUCGAUCAGGAUAAACUCUUGCGAUUUGCAGAAAAGAUUAAGAAAUACCAUUUCAAUUGCAGCCACAUUGAAAUUGAUGACAUGUACACACAGGCCUAUGGGGACUUUGACUUUGACCCUGUCAAGUUCCCCAACGUAACUGAGAUGUUUGCAAAACUGAGGGAAGAUGGCUUUAAGGUCACUCUGUGGAUUCAUCCCUUCAUACAUGUGGAUUCUUCAAAUUUUGGUGUGGGGAUUGAGCGUCAGCUCUUCAUCAAGGAGCCGUCGGGGCGGCUGCCGGCCAUGGUGGAAUGGUGGAAUGGCAUUGGGGCCAUCCUGGACUUUACCAACCCAGCAGCCCGGGACUGGUUCCAGAGUCACCUGCGCCAGCUCCGUCACAAGUACGGCAUCUCCUCCUUCAAAUUUGACGCAGGUGAGACCAGCUACCUGCCCAAGCAGUUCAGCACCUUCCGGCCUCUCUCCGACCCCAGCAUCUGGUCCCGGCGCUACACCGAGAUGGCCAUCCCCUUCUACGAGCUGGCUGAGGUACGGGUGGGCUACCAGUCGCAGAACAUCUCCUGCUUCUUCCGCAUCAUUGACCGCGACUCUGUGUGGGGCUAUGAGCUUGGCCUCAAGUCUCUCAUCCCUACAGUGCUCACCAUCAGCAUGCUGGGCUACCCCUUUAUUUCUGCUGACAUGAUUGGAGGAAACUUCCUCCCCAACAAGACGGAUGGAGCAGUUGAGAUCCCGGACCGGGAGCUGUACAUCCGAUGGCUGGAGCUGUCAGCCUUCAUGCCCUCCAUGCAGUUCUCCAUCCCACCGUGGCUCUACGACAAGGAGGUGGUGGAGAUCGCGCAGAAGUUCACGGAGCUGCACGAGUCGCUGGUGGCCCCGCUGCUGCUGGAGCUGGCCGGGGAGGUGACCGACACGGGAGACCCCAUCAUCCGGCCCAUCUGGUGGAUCUCGCCCCGCGACGAGGCCACGCACCGCAUCGACUCGCAGUUCCUCAUUGGGGACACCCUCAUGGUGGCUCCUGUGCUGGAGAUGGGCAAGCAGGAGCGCGACGUCUACCUGCCGGCGGGCAAAUGGCGCAGCUACAAGGGGGAACUCUUUGAGAAGACGCCAGUGCUGCUCACGGACUAUCCUGUCGACCUGGACGAGGUCGCCUACUUCCUCUGGGUUUCCUAACCGGAUCCUCCAUCUGCUUUGCUAUGGUCUUGUGGAUUAGUGAACACUUGAUUUGAAUGACCUCAGAAUUUUAAUAGUUUUUGAAGUAGAAAUGUAUAAUUGUUUAAGUAAGAAGAAAUAUUACCACCUCUCUUACUGUUGCAAUUGCAGUGGAGUAAUAAAGCAACAUAUUGGAUGUA